CUCCCAGUCCUGUUAAGCUCAGCUAAACUCUCUUCACAAUACAAAUCCCUUUACACUGCAAGUCUGCAUGUUUGCACACAUAGAGCUUUGCAAGCUGGAGACUGUAGUCCUGUUUAGUCAAGAGCCCCGAGUGUACAAUGUGGACAAGAACCACAUAGCCCAGCGAGACUUUCUACAUCUGCUUAUUUAUCGAGUGGUUACUGAGUGAAUUGAAAUCUUGACAACUUGGAUUGGAAUCUUUUAAUUCUGACAUUUUAAUGUCUCUUAUCAGCUCUUAUUUUGUGAUUUAGCUCAGAGAAAUAGUUUGGGGUUUACUAACCUAAGUUGCAUUGGCUGGUUUUGGACCAAGAAUCAUCUGUCUGGGAUUUCUGGUUUUGUCAGCCCAGGUAAAAAUGUUUGUUUAUUUGUCAUUAAGUUCAAUUUGUGUCUGUAAUAUUAUUCUAUUCCACCUGUGUAUGCCUCAAUGAUUACUACCACAAUGCAGAGGUUCUGUGUCAUCAGUUAUGGUUUAAUUUAAAUUUUCUAAGGACUGCUGCUUGACAUGCAACCGGGGGUCUGUGUACCCAUUGCGGCUGCGCUGGGCCUGUUUUGUAGAGGUUGUCUCAGCAGGGCGCGGCGUUUUCCCGGUCGCAACCUCUGCUUUUUGCCCAGGCAGAUGAGCAGGUGGAACAGCCGUGAGACCUGCAGCCCUCCACCUCCUCAAGAAAACCCCCGUGUCCUCAUCACGGGUGGUCUUGGGCAGUUAGGUGUGGGACUGGCUCAGAUACUGAGGAAACAGUACGGAAGAGAUAAUGUAAUCCUGUCGGACAUUAAGAAGCCUCCACCUGAUGUUUUCAGCAGUGGUCCGUUUGUAUACGCUGAUGUGUUGGACUACAAACAUCUCCGAGAACUGAUUGUAAAUUAUCGUAUCACUUGGCUGAUUCACUACAGUGCUCUCCUAAGUGCUGUUGGUGAAGCUAAUGUGGCUUUGGCACGCAAGAUCAACAUCACAGGUCUUCAUAAUGUGCUGGACUUGGCCCUAGAGAACUGCCUGCGCCUCUUUGUCCCAAGCACCAUUGGAGCAUUUGGUCCCUCUUCUCCGCGUGACCCGGCCCCUGACCUCUGUGUCCAAAGACCUCGAACAAUUUACGGCGUGUCCAAAGUGCAUGGAGAACUGAUGGGGGAGUAUCUUCAUCAUAAAUAUGGUCUGGAUUUCCGCUGCCUACGUUACCCAGGUGUGAUAUCAGUCAACACACCUCCCGGAGGAGGAACAACAGACUAUGCAGUUCAGAUCUUCCACGAUGCUCUCAGCACAGGUCACCAUGAGUGCUACCUGCGUCCUGACACCCGCCUUCCCAUGAUGCAUAUCUCCGACUGCCACCGUGCCACUGUAGAGUUUAUGCAGGCUCCGGAUUGCCAGCUGUCUCUGCGUACCUACAACAUUGCCGCCAUGAGCUUCACUCCAGAAGAGGUGGCCCAAGAAAUCCGCAAGCAUCUCCCUCACCUCAAAGUCACCUAUAAUCCUGAUUCUGUCCGCCAAACCAUUGCGGACAGCUGGCCGGUGAGGUUUGAUGACUCCAACGCCAGGAGAGAUUGGGGCUGGGCACCAGUCUUCGGGCUUGACGAGCUGGUGUCAGACAUGCUGCGCUCCAUUCGAGACAAGAGGAAAAGCGAGGGUUUGCCAGUCAGCUAGCAAAACCUGCUCCACAAAGACGGACCGAUGCCCUACCCCUGACUUUCCUUCAAAUUUACAAACACUUCCUUUUUCUUCACUUUUCAAGUUGUCAACCAGUAUCCUCCGCUACUCUGGA